AUGCCAGGCAGGACGAGACCGAUAGAGAAGUUUGCAGAAGCGACUGCAAAGUGUAGUGCAGAGGGAGCGUUCUACGGCAAAUGCGUGGCGGCCAACUAUCAGAACGCAAAGAAGGACAUGUGUGCGAGAGAAUUCAUGGCGUUGAAGGACUGCUAUUUGGAAAGCAGCAGGUAG